UAUGUGAAAAGAAAGAAGACGAUGAAAAUCCAUGUGAAGUAUGUGAAAAGAAAGGAGACGAUGAAAAUUCAUGUAAAGCAUGCGAAAAGAAAAAAGAAGAUAAAAAUCCAUCAAUUGAAUAUUCAAAUUCUCUAAGUGAAAAAACAAUUAAAGAUAAUUUGGAAUACGAAGUGAGAAAAAUUUCAACUGUAAUACCAUGGGAAGAACUAAAGUUUACGGAAAAAAUUGGGCAAGGGAACUUUG